UACAUCAGUCUGUGCUGGGUGGGUGACUGUUGAGUUGUGGGUUAGGGUUAGUGGACACGAGAAGGGGUUUUGCGGAAGGGGGAGGUUCGACGGUUGAGGACGGAUACGAGAGAUUGCUGGUGAUGUCGUGCAAGAGCUGUUGUUUUUGUUGUUGUUUUCGUGGUUGUUGAGGAAUUCGGGGGUGGGUCUCAGGAGAUUGGCAAGAUGAGUGCGAGUUGGCAUUCGCUUCUGGUGCGAAUUGGAGAACGGUGUCCAGAGUAUGGAGGGCUGGCGGAUGCCGAGGAGCAUGUGGAAACCUGCUUUGGGUAUCUCGCGAGGGACUUGUCGCACAACGAGAGUGAGAUCCUGGCUCUGCUGAUGCAAUGUGUGGAGGAGCUGCCCCACAAAGAUCCCUUGUAUGGCGCCCUGGUGGGGCUUAUCAAUACCGAGGAUAGAGAGUUUGUGGGUAAAGUCGUUAAUCGGACGCACGCAGGGGUCCAGGAAGCGCUGGACACAGACAAUUGUAACAAGCUCCGGAUUCUCACCAGGUUUUUGACGGUACUGAUGUGCAAUAGCGUGGUGUCGCCCACGUCGCUCAUUGAGCUGUAUGAAUCGUUGGUGUCCUCAGCCGCAACUACGGUAGAUGAGGAGACCGGUAACCCCGCAUGGCAGGCGCGUGCUGAUUUUUACGUCUUUUGUAUCCUUGCGUCUCUGCCAUGGGGUGGUAUUGAGCUUUCAGAGCGUGUCCCAGAGGAGCUAGAGCGUGUCCUCAACGGGAUCGAGGCUUACUUGAAUUUGCGGAAACCGGUGGUGUAUAGCGCCCUCCAAGUGUUCGAGGAAAGCGAGAAGCUCGUAGAAGUUGGGGACGACACAGAGAUGAAGCUCCCUGAGUCAGAGGACUAUCUGGAGAAUCUCUGGUCCAGCAUCCAGGCGCUAAUGGAAAAUUCAUGGAAAGUGGACAGCGUGCCGCGGCCGCACCUCUCAUUUGAGUCACGCUUUGUGAACUCGCAGACUCAUGAUUUUGAUCCAGUCCUAAUUCCAGAUAAUCCUAAAGCUCCAGAGAAUGCUACCGAGAUUACAUUGGGCCGUCAACGCCAAGAGGCGGAGCGCACAUAUCCUCGAAGAAACAUGCGCCUGCGCAUUUUUCCCUCCUCAAAAACAGAUGAGAAGAUCACACCGAUUGAUAGGUUUGUGGUAGAGGAGUACCUGCUUGAUGUACUGUUCUAUCUCAAUGGAUGCCGAAAGGAGUGUGCUGCGUACAUGGUUGGCCUUCCAGUGCCGUUUCGAUAUGAAUAUAUCAUGGCAGAGACAGUCUUCUCGCAGCUUCUGUUGCUUCCAAAGCCACCAUUCCGUCUCAUUUAUUACACAGUAGUGAUGGUGGACCUGUGUAAGGCGCUUCCAGGCGCUUUUCCUGCUGUAGUGGCUGGUGCAGUUCGUGCUCUCUUCAAGAGGGUCGCAGAGAUGGAUGUGGAGUGUCGCAUUCGCUUAGUGCAGUGGCUAUCUCAUCAUCUCUCCAACUUCCAGUUUGUGUGGCCGUGGGAAGAAUGGGCACACAUUCUAGACCUUCCCAAAUGGGCGCCAGAGCGGGUCUUUGCGAAGGAGGUGCUGGAGAAGGAGGUCAGGUUGGCGUAUUGGGAAAAAGUAAAAGACAGUGUUACAUCGACGCCAAGGCUCAUGGAGCUUCUUCCUCCAAAAAACACGCCUGUAUAUGUGUAUGCACCUGAGAACAGAGGAUCGGUUCCUGAAGCAGAAACUACUCUCGCCACUGAAUUCACGAAUCUUGUGAGAGGCAAGAAAACUGUUCGUGAAAUUCAAGUAUGGAUUGAUGAGCGCAUCUUACCGACACAAGGGCAGCAAGCCUCAAUCCAAAUUGUGGCGCAAACGUUGCUGUACAUUGGGUCAAAAAGUUUCACCCACACUGUUACUGUCCUUGAGAAGUAUGGUCAAAUUUUUAGGAAGAUAGCACCCGACCAGACCUCUCAGAUUUUAAUGAUUGACACCGUUUCGCAGCUGUGGCGGAACUCAGCUCAGAUGACAGCCAUUGUCAUCGACCGCAUGAUGGGGUAUCGCAUGGUCUCGAACUUAUCCAUUGUGGCCUGGGUAUUUAGUCCUCAAAACGUGCAGCAGUUUCACACUUCCGAUCAGGUUUGGGAAAUUAUUCGGAAUGCAAUCAAUAAGACCAACAAUCGUACAGUCGAUUUGCGGAAGGAAAUUGCAGCCGCCGAGAAGGCCCUGAAGCUGGCAACUGCAGGUACAGCCAAAGCUUAUACCAAGUGGGAGGCAGCUGUGGCAGCUCUCAAGGCAGCUGAAGCCAAAAGUGAAGAUAAUCGUAAUGCGUUGAGUGCCAAGGUUGACUGGGCUAAAACUGUAGCUGACAAAGCCCAAGACGAAGAAACUUCCGCACAGGACUCUCUGGAAUCCAAAGAGGCUCUGCUUGCACGGGCACUACGAGAGCAGGAGGCUUUGUUUAUGGCCGUCUAUCAAAGCUUUGCAGAUUUACUAACCGACCGCCUCUCAAAAUCGGUUCCCGAGUCUCAUGGAGCGCCGAAUCCAAUGGAAGAUACGAAAGGGGAAGAUGCAGAUGCUCAAGCACCAGUUGCCAUGGAACCUGAUGAAGAAAAUAUCGAGGAAGACGGUACUAAGCAGAAAAAUCAAGAAGACGUAAUCAAUGGUACUACAACCUUAUUUGCUGAUGCACAGGAGGAAGAGCAAUGGCGCAAGUGUACCCUAGGCUAUCUACGCGCCAUUUCAAGACAGUACUGUGACGAGGUAUGGUUGCUGAUGGAGAAGCUUGACUCUACUGUCUUCACUGACAAGGUUCACCCUCUGGUGUUGUCGACAACUUACGCUGGACUUCAACGGUCAUCAUGAUUAUUUUCAUGUACCUCCUCCUGUCCAUUUUGUUUUUUUGACGAGUUGUGAAGGCGGAGAGGAUUCGAGUUACUGCCAAGUUCAGACUUGGCCUGAAGUACCUCCCAAUUCUCUAAGUCACAAAUGUGAGCUGCAGAUGAGCCGGCCGUUCAUUUAGGUCUACGAAAUGCUUGGAAUUUUACUCACGAAGAUGAAGUUUGGAGUAACAUGAUUUCAUGUUGCAAGAUCUCCUCAUUUAUGGCUCUGUUCUACUUUACCUCCCUCAUCUUGCCAGACUCGCAACGAGCGUAGAGGCUUACUUCGAGGUGUCUGAUAUAGCAGCGAUCACUAUAUGACUCAAAUUUCUGCCCUCUAGCACAUCUUAUGUUACUUCUGCUGAGAGUCCCAGGAAGUUGUAAUCGACCGACAAUUUUGUAAAAUUUUACGUGCUCAUACCA